GUAUUGCCUCCGAGGCGAGGCACCUUCAGACGGUUUAGGACAACAAAGUCAAACAUCCUCCUUGUAAGUUCGACAUUGACGAUGGUUGGUGGAAUCUUUGUUCCAAAUGCAUCGACACAGCUUUACUCCUCCAAAAUCAGGCUUCCUUACAGUUCUGCUCAGAAUGCAACAACCUUUUGUACCCAAAAGCUGAUCAACAGCGCCGCAUCAUGGUCUACGCAUGCCGGAUAUGCAACUACGAUGAAAUUGGAGAGAACAAGUGCGUGUAUCGAAACGACUUGCUGACAGUAACAAAGGAGCAAGUAGGAGUGACGACCGACUUGGGCGCAGAUCCAACACUGGCUCAUUCUAACAUCCUCUGUCCACAAUGCGGUCACGAAGAUGCCGUCUUCUACCAAGAUCAAUCGAAACGAAAAGAAACGCGAAUGAUCCUUUUCUUCGUUUGCACCAAGUGCAAUCAUAGCUUUGCCGAUCCCACCCUACCUACAGACAGUAGGCCAGAAACGGAAUGAGGUUGCGUCACGUUCAAGGCGGUGGGUGGAUUUGUUUCAUUGUAAUCCUUAUGCAUGCGGCCACAUUCGACUUGAAAACCUAUAUUACACAGUUGGCAGUGAGGUUUACUUGUAAAAUAUUUCAUUGCAGCACACACACUUGGCAUUCUUUAAACUUCUGUCUCUUGGCUUCUCAACAAAUAGAUAGCGUUAGGCUGACUUG